UGAGCUUCGGCGUCACUCUGCCCCGCGGUGGCCGCCGGAUAGCAGAAACGCAGACAGGGGUGACCUGACCCCACAGGGACCUUGAACAGCUUACAGAUGUAAACCUUCAAAAACAUGUACCGGCCCUUGUCUACACAUAUAGCAAAUAGUGAUUGUUUAAUUUUUCGAGUAUCAUUGCUCAGUUUCAACCCAGGGACAGCCGCUUGUAGACUCAUCUUUUGAAAGAUCGAAAACCAGGGACAACCAGGAGAUCUAACUCCCUACAUAUUUACAUACCUAGCUCGCCUAGUACACUACAGGUAAGCAGCUUAGUGGGUUAGCGCAUAGUACAUAGUAGUAUGUACAUUGUCUACUCUAUUACCACAGGUAAGGAUAUAUUGAAUGCCGAGGGGCCGAGGAAUAUCUAGCCGGCCUCGGACUGGAGUAGCUAUUCUGGACAAAUAUCCUGCAAGGGAACCUAGAUAAUCUCACCUAGUAUACUAAGUAUACAAAAUGGUUUAGCUCCGCUCGCCCCGGCACCCCUUUGCGUUCUCAGUGGAUUUCUGUGCUCUUGUUAUCAUGGCUUUGCGUGCAGUAGACCCAGAAGAAAACAAGCGGCGCAUGAUCAAUGGGGACCUUUAUUUUGCUUUUACCCCGGAUCUCAUAGCGGAUCGCAAGAAAUGUCGUCAAGCAUACGAACGUUUCAAUGCUGCGGGCGAGGCUCCCAGACGAACGCUUAUUGAGCUAUUCCAGAAAAUAGUAGAUGAUAAGACACCCUUGCCACCACAGGCAGGGACGCCAGAGGAUGAUGAAGAUCUGUUAGGGGACUUCCCCUGGAUUGAUCGUCCUGUAAAGAUGGACUACGGCUAUAACGUAAAGGUUGGCAAGAGUGCAUACAUCAACUGUAACUCAACCUGGAUUGAUACAUGCACUAUUACUAUAGGCGCCCGAACUUUGAUUGGGCCGAAUUGCUCUUUCUUCUCGGGUAAUCACCCCACAGACCCCAGGGUGCGAAAUGGUACGAACGGCCCCGAAGAUGGUGCCCCUAUUGUCAUCGGCGAGGAUUGUUGGUUAGGCGGUAACGUAAUUGUCCUUCGUGGGGUUACUAUCGGAAGAGGUACGACAAUAGGCGCCGGUAGUGUAGUCACCAAAGAUAUUCCUCCUUUCAUGGUCGCGGCAGGAAAUCCAGCGAGGGUUUUAAAGCCGAUUCGAGAAGUGCCUACGGAGGAACUACCGCCUGGGUGGUCACCCCCUGAGAAUAUCCCAGUCUCUGAGGCAUAGUCACUACAGACCGCCUUGAUAAGUGAAGGAUGAGAUGAUUAGAACUAAUACAUUGAUGAGACCCCAGAUGAAGGGGAUCCAUGUUGACAUUUUGUAGCACGCAGCUAUAUAGACGGCGCCAAGUACAGAUCCGACGAUGCUUCCGACAACGAGAGCUUCGACGCCAGCCACUACUGUGUAUACGACGGGAAUGGCAAAUAGAUACUUCCAUAUUGACCUCGGCUUGCCGACCUGCAUCAGCAGGGAGAUAGCGGUAGCGCCAAGGUGGAAUCCAAUGAAAAGGAUCAAAGUCCAGAUAAGAGUAAACCGCCACGAGUCCUGAACGGUAUAUAUUGCGCAAGCAUGAGGGGGCCAACAGAGAGAAGGGAAUCGUGGAACAGUAUAGUCGGGUGGUGGAUAGUUAGGGCAACUCUUAGUUGAAGCCAUCUUGAGAUGCUAGCCGACAGCCCAGCCCUUUGCGCAUCAAGUCCGGCCGUCGUACCAGGGCGAAACGAUGUGUUUAUAGCAUUUCUUCAAAGUUAGAUUUCCGCUACGAAUUCACGGUAGAACUGUUAGUUCCAUAGAAGUUAGAGAUCUGAUGGAGAAGAUAAAAAGCUUCCCGAAGAGAAGCUGGAUCAGGUUGAAGUUGAGUUGGAAGCUCUUGCUUAAGUAGAGGUUGGAUGUGACCC